UCCUUGAUGCUGCUGGUUGCUUGCUCUGUACUAUUUCGGAGGCCCGUCUGGGUGGAAGGACACAGCUCCACCGAGGUGCAGCAGCACCACCGCUCGCCCAGCUAUCUCUCCCCCUCCUCCUCCUCCUCUUUGCUUCCUUCCUUGCCAUUCAUUCCCUCCUUCCCUCCUUCCCUCCUCCUCCCUGCGGGGCCGCGCAAGGAUCUCUCUGUGCGCGCUCCCGGGUGCUGAGGCCGCGGCUGUCACUCAUUCUCCCCACCGGCUCCCCAAAGCAGCUGGAGGAAAAAGCAAACCCAAUACAAAGGAGAAAGGAGAAGAAGAACUGCAAGAGAGAUAUACCUAUAGUUUAUUUCCAAACACCUCCUUCAUUUUAGGGAGGGUUUUCUCCCCCACUCCCCCUUUUCCCCCCUGGUUUUUUCCCCCCUUCUCCUCCUCUUUGGCACCUGAAGAAAAAGGGGAGAAACACCUCUAUCUGCCUCUCUCUUGCCUGCAAAUAAAGGGAAACUUCCCCGCGAUGACAAUAAUGCUCCCCAGCAAGGCUUUCUCUUGGAUUUGGCUCUUCCUAGGGGCGGCAGUUGCUCUCCAGGUGAACAUUGCUCCAAAUAAGGUGGAGGUGCCUGUUGGAGAGUCCAAAUUCUUCCUGUGUCAAGUGACUGGCGAUGCCAAAUCCAAAGACAUCUCCUGGUUUGCUCCCAACGGGGAGAAGCUGACGACAAACCAGCAGCACAUCUCCGUGGUGCCCUCCGAUGACUCCUCCACGCUCACCAUCUACAACGUCAACAUCGAUGACGCCGGCAUCUACAAGUGCGUUGUGUCCAGCGAGGAAGGGGACGUGGAGGCCACCUUGAACGUGAAGAUCUUCCAGAAGCUGACUUUCAAGAAUGCCCCGAGCCCUCAGGAGUUCAAAGAAGGAGAAGAUGCGGUCAUUAUGUGUGACGUGGUCUCCUCCCUGCCCCCCACCAUCAUGUGGAAGCACAUGGGCAGGGAUGUCGUCCUCAAAAAAGACGUGCGCUUUGUCGUGUUGUCCAACAACUACCUACAGAUCAGAGGAAUCAAGAAAACAGACGAGGGGAUGUAUCGCUGCGAGGGGAGGAUCCUGGCCCGCGGCGAGGUUGAUUUCAGAGAUAUCCGGGUCAUUGUCAAUGUGCCUCCCACUGUCCGUUCCAGGCAGAGCAACGUCAACGCAACAGCCAGCCUCAGCCAGUCGGUCAAAUUGGUCUGCGAUGCGGAGGGCUUUCCGGAACCAACCAUCAGCUGGACCAAGGAUGGGGAGUCGAUAGAACGAGGGGAAGACGAUGAAAAAUAUGGCUUCAGUUACGACGGUUCAGAGCUGACCAUCCGCAAAGUGGAGAAGAACGAUGAGGCGGAGUAUGUCUGCAUUGCGGAAAACAAGGCUGGGGAGCAUGACGCAACCAUACACCUCAAAGUCUUUGCAAAACCCAAGAUCACCUAUGUGGAGAACAAGACCGCCAUGGAGCUGGACGACCAGAUCACCUUGACCUGCGAGGCCUCUGGGGACCCCAUCCCCUCCAUCACUUGGAGGACCUCCACCCGGAACAUCAGCAACGAAGAGAAGGCUUCGUGGACCCGGCCGGAGAAACAAGAGACCUUGGACGGGCGCAUCGUCGUGCGCAGCCAUGCCCGCGUCUCUUCUCUGACGCUGAAGGACAUCCAGUACACGGACGCCGGGGAGUACGUCUGCAUCGCCAGCAACACCAUCGGGCAGGACUCCCAAGCCAUGUACCUGGAAGUGCAGUAUGCCCCAAAGUUGCAGGGCCCUGUUGCAGUUUACACCUGGGAAGGCAACCAGGUGAACAUCACCUGCGAGGUCUUUGCCUACCCCAGCGCCGUCAUCUCCUGGUUCCGGGAUGGGCAGCUGCUGCCCAGCUCCAACUACAGCAACAUCCGGAUCUACAACACGCCCUCCGCCAGUUACCUGGAGGUGACGCCGGACUCAGAAAAUGACUUUGGGAAUUACAACUGCACAGCCGUCAACCGGAUUGGCCAGGAGUCUUCGGAGUUCAUCCUGGUGCAAGCAGACACGCCCUCCGCGCCUUCCAUCGACGAGGUGGAGCCCUACUCCAGCACCGCCCAGGUGAUGUUCGAGGAGCCCGAGGCCACGGGCGGCGUGCCCAUCCUCCGCUACAAGGCCGAGUGGCGGGCGCUGGGGGAGGAGAACUGGCACACCAGGCUCUACGACGCCAAGGAAGCCAACGCAGGCAGCGUGUUCACCAUCGUGGGCCUGAAGCCGGAGACGCUGUACGCGAUCCGUCUCUCCGCCAUCAACGGCAAAGGUGCGGGAGAGGUGAGCUCUCUCUCCGAGUUCAAGACGCAGCCAGUUCGCACUCCACCGCCACCAACCCAGCAUCCCACCGAACCCGAAAGCACGGAGCCGGCCCGUGAGCCGAGCGCGCCCAAGCUGGAAGGCCAAAUGGGAGAAGACGGCAACUCCUUCAAAGUGAACCUCAUCAAGCAAGACGAUGGAGGCUCGCCCAUUCGGCAUUACCUCGUCAGAUACAAAGUUAAGCAGUCCUCGGAUUGGAAGCCCGAGAUCCGGCUCCCUUCGGGCAGCGACCACGUCAUGCUCAAGUCUCUGGACUGGAACGCCGAGUACGAGGUCUCCAUCACGGCGGAAAACCAGCAAGGGAAAUCCCAGGCCGCCUACGUCUUCUUCAGGACUUCUGCGCAGCCCACCAUCAUCCCAGCCAGCACAAGCCCUACGUCGGGACUGGGCACUGCGGCCAUUGUGGGCAUCCUCAUCGUCAUCUUUGUCCUCCUGCUGGUGGCUGUGGACGUCACCUGCUACUUCCUCAACAAGUGCGGCCUCUUGAUGUGCAUUGCCGUCAACGUGUGUGGCAAAUCCGGUCCUGGGGCCAAGGGCAAAGACAUGGAAGAGGGCAAGGCUGCCUUCUCGAAAGACGAAUCAAAAGAGCCCAUUGUGGAAGUGCGAACAGAGGAAGAGCGGACCCCAAACCACGACGGGGGCAAACACACGGAACCCAAUGAGACCACGCCACUAACGGAGCCAGAGCACCCUGCCGACACCACGGCGGCCACCGAGGACAUGAUGCCCUCCGUCACCACCGUCACCACAAACUCUGACACCAUCACGGAGACCUUUGCCACCGCUCAGAAUAGCCCCACCAGCGAGACCACCACGCUCACCUCCAGCAUCACCUUGCCAGCCACGCCCAUGCCGGACUCCAACUCGGUGGCCCCCGCUCAGGGCACGUCCUCAAAAGCGGCCGGGGCGUCCCCUCCGCCCGCUUCCGCCCCCAAAGUGGCCCCUCUGGUUGACCUCAGUGACACCCCCACAUCUACUCCGUCCUCCGGCAAGUUGUCGUCCGGCGUCCUGACCAACCAAGGGGCGGUGCUGAGCCCCAGCUCCUCCGCCAAAGCGGCCGAGGCACCCAAGGGCUCCGCUCCGAGCAGCAAAUCCCCCGCCCCGCAACCCCCGCACCCUGCCAGCCCCCCAGCUUCCGCAGAGCCCAAGCUGGAGGCCUCGGGCGCCAAGAGCCCCGAAAAGGAAGCCACGCAGACCAACGCGGUGAAGAGCCCAACGGAGUCCGGCAAGAACGCCGCCAACAAGAAGGGCGAGGCUGCCACGGGGGCCACCACCACAAACGCCACUCAGAACGAGGACUUUAAAAUGGACGAAGGGAGCUUCAAGACGCCAGACAUUGACCUUGCCAAGGAUGUUUUUGCUGCGUUGGGCACGGCGGCCUCCGCCAACGCUCCUGGGGGACAAGCGGCGGCUGCUGCUGCUGCUCCGUCCGCGCCGGAGACUUCCACAUCGCCAGCGCCUGCCAAGACAGAGAAAACCCCUGUAGAAGAAAAGCCUGCAAUCCAAGCCACGGAAGCCAAGACAGCCCCUGCAGAAGUCAAGACGGUGCCCAACGAAGCCACGCAAACAAACGAGAACGAGAGCAAAGCAUGAUGGGCCGCGGUGCCGCGCUAAAACAAAAUUUGGAAAAAAAAAGUGACAGAACAGCUUCACCUGAGCAUUGAAAACACAACACACAUCUCAUCCCUCUAGUGUCUUUGCCUUUUUUUAAAAAAAGAAAACAGACAAAACAUGCAUACGAUGAUGGGGGAAAAAUGUGUUCUUUCUUUCUUUCUUUUUCGUAGAUUUGUAGGGAAUUUUUUUUUCCUUUUGUGUGCACUUGCUUUAAGGGAAAAAAAGGUAAAUAAGUAUUCCCCCCCCCCCUUUCUAAUCCCGUUAGAAUAGCAGCAACCUUGCAAAAUAUUCAUGCAGAGUUGUAAACAAUGCAAUCCCAUCCCAAUUGCAGCCUCUUUUGGAGACGGAAUUAGGAAAUCUUGGCUCUCCUAGGUUGCGUUAAGUGACAGUUGCCAGUUGCAAACCCCUUUGGUGUUGUAUUUUGCAGCCAAAUUGGGAUAAGGUGUGUGGGGGGAGCCCUGUAAGCUUGCUGAAGUGAGUCUUUCCCCCCUUUCCUUCUCUUUCUCCGGCGCCCUUUGGAUUGGUUCUGUUUUCAGGUGUGUUUCCAAUAUUUCCUCCCAAGUUCUCAAGGCCGGGCUCUCGCUCGGAGGAGCCUUUUGCGGUCACCAAACGGAGCAAAGCAGAGACCUCCGUGCUCCUUUACGUCUCUGUUUAACACCCCAAAAUUUUGGUUUUAGGAAGGCUUUGGGAGUGUAAUAUUCCCCGCCAGCAGUAUUCCUUGGGGUUUGUGUGUUAUCGCGUGUGUUUUUGUUUUUGUUUCCAGUUCAUUCGUUCGUUUGCCAACUCUUUUCUUCCAGUGUUUACAGUCAACAAAACGUUUUUUUUUUGUUAAAAAAAAUACUUUUGUUGUGUUUCAAUGUCUGUGUAAAAUAGCUGCCUUUUUAAAAAAAAGAGAGGGAGAAAGAAAGAGAGAGAGAGAGAGAGAACGUCAAUACAGGCUGUAUAGGUAGUAAGUUGACCAGCAUGCUUGCUUUGCAAAGGGAGACAUUUUCAACGUGGAUGUUUACAGUAGGUUUUUCUCCCCUCCCCGUGAUCUCCUCUCCUUCCCUCCCCUUCCCUUCUUAAUUAUUAUUAUUAUUUUAUUAUCUUACCGCAGUACGAAAACGAGGCAACCCCUUACGUUCUUGUUUUUCUAUAGACAGGCCAGUAUCCUACUUCAAACUAGUAUCCGGAUCAGGCCGAGCUUAAUGGGAAUCGAGGUGGGAACGUUUGGGAAAGCAGCCAUGACUCCUGUUUAUCGUCCGAGCGUGAUAAUUGUGUUUCGAAGGGAGAAAUGUAAGAAUGGCAUUGUAACUCACUCAUGGCGAUCCAUGGGCCUUAACAUUGCCUGCCUAGGUGACUCCAAACUGUCCAACUCACCGCCCGACACUUAAUCUUGUCAUCUCUGUAGUGCAAACAUGGGUUUGAUGUACAAGCCGAGGCUUCCCUGUCCCAUAAACGCUGAGCAUUUCCGACUCCUCCGUAAUGCCAUGUUUGCUGUGUAUUCAGUGGGAGGGAGAGAGGGGGCCUUGAAGGGUUGACUCCAGUGAAAAUUCCACCCCAAUUAAAUACAUUUGAGAAUGCAA